AUGCAGGAGUACGACAAGAUCUACCACCCCGUGAUGUUUGCGAGUCGUACUUUGAAGUCGAAUGAGCUGAAUUACGGCAUCCCGGAGAAGGAUGUAUUAGCCCUACUAAGGAUCCUCGAGCUUAACUACAAUGCACCGGUCGGACGUCCGACAUUCUACUUUGGCGUAGCUCUUCACAUCCACAGCCUUGUAGGGACGGUUAGGUCAGUGGGCUGUUCUACUGUCGCCAUGAACUCUGAAAUCACCAAGUGCGUCAAGGGUGAAGAUGAAAAUCCUGGGAGCAUUGGCGACGAAAAAGAGCCAAGACGCAAGAUUCAGGCUCCGAUACCCGCGGUUAGACUCGAUGAGGAUCUAUACGCCGUUAGUUUUGAUGGAUCUGCUCGUGUCAAGAGAGGUGGAGGCGCCUACAGCGCGAUCUUGUGGAAAUUGCCUGAAUGGAGAGUGUUAAAGGCUAGAUCUGGCUACGCUGCGGGGCUAACAGUGAACGAAGCAGAAUGUCAUGGAUUGUUGUUAUGUUUGGAUCUGCUGGAAGAUCUGGGUCCACGACGUCUAGGGAUCUACGGAGGCUCGAACCUGGUGAUCCGACAAGUACGAGCACCGGGCUCGACACUGCUACGCCAGCGGGCUUUUGAUCGACUACAUACUUGGCCGGAUCACGAGCUGUUACAUGUUCAGCGACAUUGGAAUGCGAGUGCUGACAAUUUAGCAAGUGCUGCUCUACAACGGCAAUGUGGGAUCGAGGUCAAGUCUGAGAAGGAGAUCCAGGAUCUAGUAAUCUUGAACCGGUUGGAUGAGAUCCUGAUAGUGAAGACCGAAGACGAGAUUGCCCAGAUACCUGCUGUAACGACCCGAUCUAAUGCUAGAUCUGGAGCGUGUGUUGGGUCUGAUCCAGAUUCAUUGCGCGAGGAAGUUGUGAGAGAAUUGCGGAUCGAGCGGAUCCGGCAAGCACAAGAUGAGGAGUCGUGGAUCUCAGGAUUGAAGAAGUAG